AUGGUAGCAGGUAUUGGCAUAAAGCUUCGGAAUACUAGCAUCAAAUUAAGCCAGCUGCACUAUACAAAUCGAAGAUAUUUCGAAUCUACCCACCUUUACGAUACAAUACAAAUCCGUAAAAAAUUACAGCAAGAAUUUAGUUUAAAGCAGAGUGAAACAAUUAUUAAGAUAAUGAUUGAGUCAAUUCAAGGAGGGGUUAAUCAUAUAUCUAAAGAUCUAGCCACAAGAGAUAAAUUAACUCAAUUAACUUACGAACAAAGGGUAGAUUUUGCAAAAUUGAGAGACCAAUUGCUGAGUGCUGAUCGAAGUGAAUUUCAUAACAUUCAAAAUGAAUAUGAAAGAGUCCGUACAGAUCUAGAAAAAUUGAAAAAUAAAUUACAUGAAGAAAUUACACGAGUUAAUGCCAGCUUCAAGUUAGAUUUAUCCUUAGAGAAAGGUAGAAUUAGGGAAGAGAGUAGUUAUCAUGAUGUCAAGAUCAAGGAAAUUGAUAAUAAGAUAGAUCAAGAAGUUGUAAAUAUGAAGAUGCAAAUUGAUUCUGUGAAAACUCAAGUGAUGCAAUGGUUAUUUGGGGUUUGCACAGGUACCUUUGCUUUAAUUCUUGCAUAUGUUAGACUUAUUAGUUGA